AUGAUAUCAGCUUUGAAAAAAAAAUUUGGUGGAAUAGAUAACACUGAUCAUUAUGGAGGUAAUGAGCUUGAUCGUAUGCCACAUGGUAUCGCUGCUCUUGACCAAGAGCUACAAAGGAAGUAUGCGAAAGGAGUACAGUAUAAUAUGAAAAUCGUAAUACGUGGCGAUCGAAGUGUUGGAAAAACUUGUUUAUGGCGACGUUUACAAGGUCUGCCAUUUCUGGAUGAUUACACACCAACUAAUGAAAUACAGGUAGCAUCCAUACAAUGGAAUUAUCGUGCAACAGAUGACGUUGUCAAAGUAGAUGUAUGGGAUGUAGUUGAUCAAAGCACAAAGAAGCGCAUAAAACCAGAUGGCUUAAAGCUGAAAAAUAUAGAGUCGGAAUUCAUAGAAGUUGCUUGUGAUGCACAAUUCGUUGAUGUGUACAAGGGUGCCAAUGGAGUUAUACUCAUGUUUGAUAUUACUAAAAGCUGGACAUGGGACUAUGUUAUCAGAGAAUUGGACAAUGUGCCGAGCAAUAUACCAGUACUGAUUGUAGGAAACAGGCGAGACAUGGGGCAUCACCGACAAGUUUCCGAAGAUGUUUGUCGAACAUUUGUAGAAGCUUAUGAACGGUAA